UAUAAGAUAGAGAAAGAAAUAAAGAGGGAGAGAGACAGAGAGAGAGAGAGAGAGGGGGAGACUUAACUCCAAGAGAGAUCAAAACAUAACUGAGAGUCGUUGCGCUUCGUCGUCUCAACCAACCAACCCACCUCUCAAUCUCAAUUUCUCAAAGGAAAGAUUUUUAAAGAUCUUGUUUAGGGUUUUAAAGGGUUGCAAAUAUGGGUGACAAUUUGAUGGAGAAAGUUAGUGCUUUGGGUGAACGCCUCAAGAUUGGAGGCGUUGAGGUGGGCCGAAAGAUGAGUGCAGGCAUGAGCUCAAUGAGCUUCAAGGUGAAGGAGCUUUUCCAAGGCCCAAACCAGGCAGAUAAGAUCGUUGAAGAUGCCACCUCGGAGAACCUCGAUGAGCCUGAUUGGAGUUUGAAUCUUGAAAUUUGUGACAUGAUCAAUAAUGAAAAAAUUAACAGUGUUGAGUUGAUCCGUGGAAUUAAAAAGAGGAUCAUGUUGAAGAGCCCUAGGGUUCAGUACUUCGCUUUGGUGUUGCUUGAAACAUUGGUUAAGAAUUGUGAGAAGGCUUUCUCGGAGGUGGCAGCCGAGAGAGUUCUUGAUGAGAUGGUGAAGCUGAUUGAUGAUCCUGAGACUGUAGUUAAUAAUCGUAAUAAGGCUUUGAUACUAAUUGAAGCAUGGGGGGAAUCGACCAGUGAGCUCCGCUAUUUGCCUGUUUAUGAAGAAACGUAUAAGAGUUUAAAAUCUAGGGGAAUUCGGUUCCCUGGUCGUGACAAUGAGAGUUUGGCACCUAUCUUUACUCCUCCUCGUUCAGUAUCAGAUUCAGAAUACAAUGCUGAUUUUCCCCAGCAGAUUCAGCAUGAUAUUCCAGUGCUAAGCUUUACGGCUGAACAAACAAAGGAAGCAUUUGAUGUUGCAAGAAACAGCAUUGAGCUUCUUACAACGGUUUUAUCCUCUUCACCCCAACAAGAUGCUUUAGAGGAUGACUUGACAACCACACUCGUACAACAGUGUCGUCAGUCGCAAUCUACUGUCCAGAGAAUUAUUGAGACGGCUGGAGAUAAUGAGGCCCUGCUUUUUGAAGCCUUGAAUGUAAAUGAUGAGAUCCUGAAAGUUCUCUCCAAGUAUGAAGAGAUGUAUAAGCCUACAGUUGUUGGAGCGGAGCCAGAACCUGCCAUGAUACCUGUUGCCGUUGAGCCCGAUGAGUCGCCCCGUCAUGCAAAAGAAGAUGCCCUAAUUAGAAAACCAGCCGGUUCUCGAGGUGCAGGCCUGGGAGGAAGUAAUGAUGAAAUGAUGGACGAUCUUGAUGAGAUGAUAUUUGGUAAGAAAAAUGGGGGUACGUCUCAAAGUGGGCAUGAUUCCAAGAAGCAACCGUCAAAGGAUGAUCUCAUCACCCUUUGAGCCCUUUCACAUAGCUGAUUCCAUGGUUUUAGGAGAGAGCAUGCAUGAAUGGUGUUGAUAGUGGGCUUUUUAAGUUGGUGAAGACAAUUUGAGUUUGAUGUUUAAAAGCUUACGAGCUUCAUAAACCUGGUUUGUGUGACUUUCUUUUGAGAACUUCAAUUGUUUCUGGACAUCAUGUAAGUAAUUCAUGUUUAUAUCGGGAUGCCUGAUGCCUAAUUGCUCCA